GCCGCCUUAUCUUAUACUCCCUCCAUCUCUUAAAACUUUGUCAACAUUCCUUUUUGGGACGUCCCAAAAAACUUUGUCACUUUCCCUUUUAAUCAAUAUUUUGUGGUUUUUGUUAUUUCUCUCUCGUCUACACAAACCUCAACCACAUAGUUUUUACUUUAUUAUUCUCCGUGCCGGUCAACUUUGGCAAAGUUUUAAGGGUCGGAGGUAGUACUUAGAAGAACUACAUAUGAGAGAAACAUAUUUCCCGCUCAAUUGUAGAGAGCUUAUUUUCUAAUACCCAAAAGCACUAUAUAUGAGAGAGAAAAUUUCCAUUCAGUUGUUAGCCGGUUUAUUUUCUUAUACCUAAAAACACUAUAUAUGAGAGAGAAAAUUAUUUCAUUCAAUUGUUAGUCGGUUUAUCUUAUACUUAAAAAAAUGUUAUAAGAGAGAAAGUUCUCUUGCUCAAUUGUGAGCAAACUUAUCUUCUAAUCUUCUAAUAUCUAAAAGCACUACAUAUGAGGGAGAAUAUUUUUCUGCUCAAUUAUUAAUCAACUUAUCUUACCUAGAAGCACUACAUAUAAGAGAAUAUUUUUCCGCUCAAUUGUUAGUUGUCUCAUCUUAUCUAUACUUAAUUAACUCAACUAAGUCCUCUCCCGCCUAAAGUUUCUAGGGUAUUUUCGUAAACUCUGGUUCUCCUCUCCCCUUCGCAGAUCAGUUCCUACUCAUGCGUUUCCUACGCGUAUUUUUCGAGAAGUUUUAGCUUCUCAAACCUUCUCCUCUUAUACGGCUCUCAAAGCCUCCCCCCUUUUGACACGCUAGACACAUCAAACAUCUUUAUUCUUCGUAAAUCGUCCCUAGCAAAAGGAGUUCAUCCCACCCAUAUAUGAUAGAGAUGGUUCUUCUUGGAUGAUGAGGUACAUUUAUUAGAAUUUCAUUUGAUUUUAUUUUUUCUAUCAGAGCCUUUUCUUUUGUUUUCUAUUUCAUCUAAUAUGGUUUGAUUCAAUGUUCAGUUUGCUCUCCAUGACUAUGUUAACUAUGCACGGAACAUGUUUGAUGAAAUGUGAGAACUGUCAAAGAGAAGCAUUCAAGGAAAAAACUCCAACUUUUCUUCUUUUGUUCCUUCAUCCCUUCUUCCACUUCAGCAGCCCGCUCAAAAAGUCAUGUUCUUCGUAUCACUUCAUCAGCCCCACAUUUCCUUCAUUCCCUUCAUCCCCUUCAUCAGCUACUACUCAUGUGUUUCCUUGACCUUGUGACAAGGUAUCAUAAUAAAGUCACUAUUGCCUUAUUAUCUCUAAUCUUCUCAAUUUCCUCCAUUCUUGAUACAGAUGCCUGAGUAUUCAGUCAUUUGAAGAAUAGUAGGCUGCAAAUGUCUGAGGGUGUCAGCAACCAGUAUAUGAAUUGGCAGAGAUGAUAGAACAUGCUUGAUGAGUACAUCUUCCCCCUUGAGAAAAAGCUUUCUGUCUCCAUGGAGUAAGUUUGGUUUCAAUGAAAAUACCUUUAUGAAGGUAAUUUCCCGGGUAUGUAAUUGGAAGGAAGGUUCUUUUUAUUUUCAGAAUUCUUUCCAUAUUGCUAACCCUGAGUGAAGAAGUCUUGCCACAUAUUGCCAGAUUGGGAUAUUUGAUACUUAAAAUAAAUAAACCUCUACUUUAUGAUUAAUUUAGUUUUGACUUAAUCCACUAAAAAAAUACUGCUUAUUUAAAUGAUUUCAAAUGUUAAUAACAGUUUAUACAAAAAUACAAAUCCCCAAGUCUAAAGUAUGCAUAUUUUGUGGUUCCAAAUCACUGUGUUUGAUUGAGUUGCUAAAAGUUUUUGUUCUUGCCUUUGACCUCUCUUUAGUUUGUUUAUCUUUAGUGUGCUGUUUGAAUACUUUUAGGUGAUGUAAACUAUAUGCAAGUAUAACUAAAUAUCAAAUGUGGUUUAAUAAAUCAGGAAUUAACAUCUAGAAGUACUACGUGAAGAGGAAAUAAUGCACUUUUGUUCUUGCCUUUGAUCUCUCUUUAGUUUGUUUAUCUUUAGUGUGAUGUUUGAAUACUUUUAGGUGAUGUAAACUAUAUGUAAGUAUAACUAAAUAUCAAAUGUGGUUUAAUAAAUCAGGAAUUAACAUCUAGAAGUACUACGUGAAGAGGAAAUAAUGCACUUUUGUUCUUGCCUUUGAUCUCUCUUUAGUUUGUUUAUCUUUAGUGUGCUGUUUGAAUACUUUUAGGUGAUGUAAACUAUAUGUAAGUAUAACUAAAUAUCAAAUGUGGUUUAAUAAAUCAGGAAUUAACAUCUAGAAGUACUACGUGAAGAGGAAAUAAUGCACUUUUCUGUUUAGUGACAAAAGAUAAUUGAGAGAUGAGCACUUCUACAAUUUUUCACUCUUCAACCAUUAUACUACUGAAGCCUAAAGUCUUAACUAAGAAGCGAAUAUUUAAAUGAAAGAUCUGCAAUUUUUCUUCUCUUUUACUUACUAUGGUUUGGGUUCAUGUUCUAAUUGCUCUCCAUGACAUUAAAGUUGGGUGGAGCUUAUGGACAAUGUUGAAUUAUUUAUUAUGGACUAUAUUAACUUUAUGCACAGUACAUGUUUGAUGAAAUGUUUCUAAAACUUCUAAAUAUUGAAUUAAAUCUUCAAAACUUUUAUAUCAAUACAAUAUAUGGGGUUUCUAUCAGCUUUUAAUAAGAGGUUUCUAUCAACUUUAUUCAUUAAUACACACUAUAUUCAACUCAAAUCAAUUCAACCUUUUUUUUUAAUUUACAUCAUAUGCAAUCUAAUCCUUGAAUAUAUUUGUUUGCACCAAAGGUCUGGAGUGUUGCUUAUUUCAUUUAUAUGCCUUUAUUGAUUAGCUCCGAGUUAAUUAAUCCUCUAAAUAACAUAACAUCAUUGCUAAAAAAGUUUUUCAUGUGAUAGUGUCUUUAAAAUACAUAUAGGUAGAGAGUAAGAGUGUUAUGUAUUUAUGAUAUAUGUUUGGAUUGGCCUUAUAAGAUUCUUACAGGUUUAUGACUACUUUGUUUUAAGAUUGAAAAUUGAAAACUCCCUUAAACUUUUAUGUUUUAACAAUCAUGUGAGAAAGGUUGAUCAUUAGUCCAAGGAAAAAUUGAUAGUAAUAAUCCCAACUAUUGGCGGUCCGCUCAUAAUAAUCCCAACUAUCGAUUAUUUCAGAAUAAUCCCAACUUUAGGGACCUUCCGCCAAUAGUGGUCCCUAUAAAUAAAUUUAUGUAGUUUCUAAAGUGGAUGAGGAGUGAUAUAGCAAGUAAUCCCUAUAAAUAAUCUCAACUUCUAAUUUUUACACUUAAUUUCUAUUUAAAAUUCACUUUUUAUAGGAGGUAAUAUCUGACCAUGGACCAUUAUUGGCGGACGAUCCAUAUAGUUGGGAUUAUACAAAAAUAAUCAAUAGUUGGGAUUAUUAUCAGCGGACCGGCAAUAGUUGGGAUUAUUAUUUUCAAUUUUUCCUUAGUCCAAAUAGUAAAGCCUGAAAAAAGCCAGAACUAUUCUGCUCCACAGAGACUUCAUUUCUUCACGCAAAGGCAGUCUUACUUCAAGAAUUGAGAUGAUCAUUGGUUAACCUUCUUCUAUUUUCUUGCCUGUUUGGUUUUGUUCAGAAUUUUCUAUUUGAUUCUAUUUUGAGUUAUAUUUUUCUAUUUGACUUCAUUUCUGUUUUCAAUUUCCAUUUGUUGCCUUAUGCAGUAUAUUCACAAUCUUAUUUAAUUGGAAAUGUUGUCAUCUAAUUCAUUUGAUUUUUCACUUCUAUUUAUCAAAAAAAGUUUCAUCUAAUCAGCCAAGCUUAUAUAAAAUUGGGGGCGGGAGAUUUGAUCUGUGUACACAAUAUUAUUGAAACGUGUAAUCUUAAUUCUAAUACUAUCGUAUAUGUUUAGUAAUAUUGAUAUAUUUGAGCGUUACUAACCAUUAUGUUGGGCAUGUGAUGACACUUUUGAUUAUGCUAAUAACUUAUUUGGUGAUUAUUUUGAUUGAAACAUAGUACUCCAUGUAAUUUAUCUUGAUUUUCCAUUCUGAUUUUUCUUCUUCUGUUCAGAUUGGAAUAUUGGAUCGCUCCAGCAAAAGGACCUUUUUCAAAUAACAUAAGUAAUAACUUAUGUUGUAAUUAACACAAAGUUGAAUAUUUCCUGACCACCCACAAUCCCACAUAGAAGCUCUGAGCUUGAGAUGGUCAUUUAUAUGUAAGAGGUAUCUUUCCCUGCUAUCUUUCAAUUAAUUGAUUAAAAAGAGUGCCUAUUUUAUGUUUUGACGAAUUUUCCAGUUUAUAAAAUUAACAUACCCACGCUCUUCUUUCUCUAUCCCGUUCUUCAUCCUCAUCUCUUUUCUUCAUUUUAAUUCUUCAACAAGGUGAGUUCAUCUUUUUUCAGUCAACAAGCUAGGGUAAAUUUGUUGUUCCUAAAUCAAUUUCAUAUCAUUGAGUCAAUAAGUUUUAAGUCCAAUUUACACCCUAUUAAAGGAUAUAAUAAUUUUUUUAGACUUAAGUUUUGAUUUAGCAUAGGUUAUGUUUUAGUCUGCACUGGACUGUUUUUAGUUUGUUUCUGUUUUCAAAAAUAUCAUGAUAAAUAAAAAGUGAAAAAGCUUUUGAAAACUAAUUUCAUUCAAAUUGGAUGAUGAUUAUAUCUGUAUGUCAGAGGUUUACUUUUGGUUCUUUCAAUCAAAACAAUCACAAGCACACAUCCACGUGUCUUUGCGUAUUAGCUUUAGCACUACUGUUUUUGAACUAUGGCUUUUAUUGAUUGUUGUUGUGAUAGGAAUAAAUAAUUAGUGGGCCUAUUCAAUAAAUAAUUAGUGGCCCUAGUCAUUAAAGAGUAUGAUAGAAAAGACAAGAAGUCUAUUAUUAGUUAAUUAACUAGUUAAUAGUUCCUUUUAUCCCUGCGCGGCAUCAUGUGCGAUCUUCCAACAGUCCAACGACCUCUGGAGGUAACCCUAUUAAUCCGAUCAACUCCCGCAUCCAACUUCACAGAGAGCCUGAGAUCCAUAAUCGGUUUUCUAUCCAGACCGGUAGGAAAAUUGAUAUACCAAUUUUCACUGGAGAUAACGCGUACAAUUGGAUUGUAAGGAUGGAAAGGUAUUUCAGAGUAAAUCAUAUUCAGGAAGAAGAACAGGUUGAAGCAGCUGUGGUUGCUAUGGAGGGCAGAGCGAUUAACUGGUUUAUUUGGUGGGAGCAUCAGAUUGAGAGAAGAAACUGGGAAACUCUGAAGACCUCUAUUAUCAGAAGGUUCCAACCUGAUUUGAUCCAAAACCCCUAUGGACCGAUGCUAAGCCUGAAACAGACAGGUACAGUGCAGGAAUUCCGAGACGAGUUUGAAAUGGUGAUAACACCCCAAAUUAAUAUUGAUGCUGAAAUCCUGAAGGGCAUUUUUAUCAAUGGACUGAAGGUUGAGAUCAAAGCGGAGCUGAAAAUGCACAACUCUAGCUCUCUAGCUGAAGUAAUGGACAUGGCCAUAUUGAUUGAAAACAAAAAUGAGGCAUUGAAUUUUAAAAGGAAGGAAGAAGGCAUGUUCUUAUGGAAGGAAAAAGGACCAGUACCUAGCAAAUCUCAGAAUUGGGGAGAAGGCUAUAAGGCUAGAUAUGGUAGCUCUGGAUUCAAUAAUCAGGGAAAAGAGGCAACAGAUAAUAGGAAUUUCAAUUCCUGGUUUGAGAAAAUGGAGAAGAAGAUCACUGACAUGCAAUCUUCAGGAAUCAGGAAGGUAGCACCCCAGUUAUCUCAAGAAGAAUUUCAGGAAAGAAGCCGGAAGGGGCUGUGUUUUAAGUGCGGAGAAAAGUGGAAUAAAGAGCAUACCUGCAAGCUGAGGCACUAUAAGUUGAUGCUAGUAGAAGACUCAGAUGCUGAAGAAGAAACAGAUUUUGAAGAACCUGAAAUUCCAGAAGAAGAAGUGAUGUUGGAGUCCAAAUCCAUGCACUUGUCACUUAUGAGUAAGGAAGGGAUACCUACCAUGAGAGCUUUCAAGAUUAAAGGAAUUCUGAAGUGGGAUAGAGGGGUAAAACAAGUGGAAGUGCUGAUUGAUAGUGGGGCCACUCAUAACUUCAUUUCUAAGAAACUGGUGGAUGAAUUGGAGCUGCCUUUUAAAACCAUUUCAGGAUAUAAAGUGCAAGCCGGUAAUGGAGAAAAGCUAUCUAAUGAUGGAAGAUGUGAAGAUUUGACUUUAUGUAUGCAGGGUUCAAUCAUAAAACAAAACUUUUACUUUCUGAAUUUGGAAGGAACUGACUUCGUAUUGGGAAUGGAGUGGCUGACUACUUUAGGUGAUGUAGAAAUAAACUUUCUGAAACACCGUAUAAAAUGGAAGGUUCAGGGGCUAGAUCAGCAGAUCCAAGGAGAUCCCCAGCUGAAUUCAAUAGAGGUUUCUUUGAAAACUAUGUCACAGAUUAUACAAGAUUCUGGAGAUGGGUGUUUAGUGUACCAGGAGGGGAGAUUGCUGCAAAUGGAGAAGGGUGUUGCUUAUGCUGAAAGUCAGGACCAAGCUCAGGUUGGUGACUGUAUAUUAAUACUCCAGGAUGUUUUGACACAGUCAUGGGGGCAGAAGGAUCCACAAAAUUUUGCAAUUGAAGAAUCAGUGGUCACUCAAUCUGAUGCCAAGAUGAGGAUUUUAGUAAAGGGCGACAAUUUGAAAGCAUUCCAUCACCAAAACAAGACUGACAAGUUUCUAGUCUGGGGCUCCUCAGAUUCUGGAUUGAGCUGGGCUAAAGAGUUUGAUUUUAAAUAUCAUAUGGAUGGACUCAAUAUGGAACUAGAUUCUACUUCUCAGGCGGUUGUGAUUGUUAAUUCCCAGACAGGGCAUCUCGUGGACCUAUCUUUAAAACAAGGAAGUGGGAAGGGAAUCACAGCUGCUAGAAUCUGGUGGGGUGCACUGGACAUUCAAAGUGAAACUAUUCAACAAACAAUCUGGAACCAUAGCUCUCUUCAUUGGCCAUCUAAACAGGAGGUUGGGAAUGACACAACACUAUCAUUGCAUAUGCUCAGUCAUGCAGUAGUACAGAUCAAAAGGAUGGCCCAAGCAUUGAAGUUAAGAGCCAGAACGCAAUGUGGUACUGGGAAGGGAGAGGAGCUCGAAUGAAGAUAAAGUUGAUAGUCAAGGCUGACUCCUAUCACCCACCUUGAGGACAAGGUGGUUGUUUAGGGGGGGAGUAUUGAUAGGAAUAAAUAAUUAGUGGGCCUAUUCAAUAAAUAAUUAGUGGGCCUAGUCAUUAAAGAGUAUGAUAGAAAAGACAAGAAGUCUAUUAUUAGUUAAUUAACUAGUUAAUAGUUCCUUUUAUCCCUGCGUGGAUAUGGACUAUAAAUAGAAGGGGGAGUCAGCUAAAAAGAGGAGGCUAUUAUUGAAUUGUUAUUUUGGCUUGGAGAGUGGGCUUCUCGAACAGUCCCAGCAUCUGUAUACCUAUUCUGAUUACUACCUACUUCAAUAUUUCACUUUCAUCGAUCUGUUCUUGCUUCAAUCCCUGCGGAAUUGUUAUUGCUCUGUUGUGUUGAGAUUUAUACCAGGUUCUAUCAUGUUGCUUAUUUGGUCUUGAUAUAUAAGCGUUGACGUGUAUAUCACAGGAUGAAUUUUCAUCCAAUCAGGUGUUUUUGCAUUCCGUUUCUUUUUAUUUAGGGUUUUUGUGGUUUUCUUCAGCUUCUUUUAAUCUUCUUCAUUUUUAACAAGCAAUCCUUGGAUUUUUUUUACUUACAAACACUAAAAUUUGGUCACAUCUUCUUUUUGUUUCUUAUGAAACAUGAUGGCCAUUAUAUCAUAAUUGUGCAGGGAAAAAACUUGAAGAGGACACUUCGGAUGAGAAUUUUGAAGUAUGGAAUUGCUCAAUAAACUUAUGAGACUUAUGUUAUUUUAAAAUCCCCCCUUAAUAAUGUAUAGUAGAUACUGAGUUAGCUGGAGCUUUGUUUUAUUGAGAUUUAUCGACACCUAUAUUAGUUUGAAAAAAUACCUAUGUAAAUACUUUGUUUAAGGGCACUACUUUAUUUUCAGUGUAAAAUAUAUAUAUUGCAUUUACUUGAAGGAUUUAUUGUUUCUCUUGCUA